AUGGGUCUCUCCUUCUCCUGUGCUCCGUCACUUCGUCAAUCUUCGCUCCACCGCCACCACUUUUCAGGCAAUUUAUCAAAUUUUCCGUUCAUCAUUCACCGCAGCAACGUGGAGUUCUCCGAAACCACCACAGCCACCACGAUCAGAAGGAGUCAGUUUUCCGUGAGAGAAAGCAUCGGCAGCAACUGCUCUCCUCGUCCUCUUCCUUUUCCCGCUCGCCAAGUUCUGAAAUGGCCUGAGUUGAAAGUGUUCAGUUUUAAGGAGCUGAAAUCUGUCACAAGGAAUUUCAGCUCCGACAGAUUGCUCGGUGAAGGUGGAUUUGGCAGAGUUUACAAGGGAUGGUUGGAUAAGAACACCCUCACUCCCGCCAAACCAGGCUCUGGAGUGGUAGUUGCCAUAAAAAAGUUAAACCCGGAGAGUUUACAAGGGUUUCGAGAGUGGCAGAUGAAAGUAAUUGCUAACAUGUUAUGCAUGUCAGCAAUUGGAUACAAACUUUUCUUUACAAUGCUGGUAAAGGUAAAUGAACUUGUGCUGUUCCAGAGGACCUGA